UCUUGAUUUGAAAUAGUAUCGAGUGGAGGAAAAUCUUGAUAAGUCCCAGUCGAUUCGACAAUUUGUGAAAUAUAAUUAAACACAGUGCAAGGGUUUUUGUUCACCUCAUCAUGUCACCAAAAAAAUGCAUUCCUUUGAAAAAAAUGCUUUUUGCAAUUAUUUUACUAGUUCUAGUUGAGCAAGGUUUCAGCUUAAAGUGUUACGUUUGUGAGAGUAAAAAGGAUGGUGAUUGUGGAAAGGAUUUGAAGGACGAAUUAAAAAAGGAAUGUGGAGAUUCACCAACAACUCCUAUACCUUCAACUCCGGAACCUUCAACUCCGGAACCAUCAACUCCGGAACCAUCAACUCCUGAACCUUCAACUCCUGAACCUUCAACUCCUGUACCUUCAACUCCUGUACCUUCAACUCCUGAACCUUCAACUCCUGUACCUUCAACUCCUGUACCUUCAACUCCUGAACCUUCAACUCCUGUACCUUCAACUCCUGAACCUUCAACUCUUGUACCUUCAACUCCUGAUCCUACAACUCCUGUACCUUCAACUCUUGAACCUUCAACUCUUGAACCUGCAGUAACGCCUGCAGCUGUACCAGUACAGAAACCUGAAAUAUCUAACAAACCAGUAAAUUCUCCAAGAAUAGCAGUGUACCGAGUAAGACGACAAUCUGAACUGAAGGCACGAGGUGACAGUGAAUAUGUUUGCUACAAAUAUGAUCAUACUGAAAAUAGCGAAACUAAAACAUCAAGGGGUUGUGCAAAGAAAGCAGAUUUCAAAUGUGAAGGAAAAUCGGAAUGCAAAACUUGCAGUGAGGACGGAUGUAAUUCUGCAUCUUUGGCUAAUUUAGGAAUUUUAUCAAUUAUUCUACCAAUUAUAUUCACAGUCACUACAUUUUUAAAUCGAUAGUUGUUUUUUUUUUUUUUUUUUUUUUUGAUAAAUUAUCUCUCAAAAAUUUUCUCACGUACUUUCUUAUUCAAGUUGCAUGACGUAUUUAAAAAAACAAAGAUUCAAAAUAAAGAAAAAAAAAUGUCCACGUGGAGAAAAAA